AGCUAUACUCCUGGCUAUAAAACUUCAAGCCCUUAACACAUACCAUCAGAAGAUACACAUGUGAAGCGAGGAAAGCACCAGCUGCACAGGGUAACGCAGUCUUAACUCACUCUCACUUGCGUUUUAUUCUACAGUGUACGGGGAAACAUUUAACAGAAGGCAAAUCAGUGCCAAAAAAAGACAGAAGAAAGCCUAGCUGGCAGUGUAACCACACAGGGAUACUCGUAGUUCUGCACUACAGCUGAGCACACUGGGAAAAUCCUACAAGGUGCACAAAAAGAUGAUGCCCUUCUAAUUCAUAUAUAGUAAGAGCCAUUUUAUUUCCCUACUCCUGGUCACUAAAAAAAAAAAAAAAAAAAGAAACAAAAAAGGGGAAGAUGUCUUUUGCUAUGCUGAGAUCGGCUCCUAGUCGCUUUCUUUACCCAGAGAUUAGCAUGCUGUCAGAGGAUGAUGAUAACGGUACUGAAAGUUCUGGUUCUGAUGACAAGUCAUAUUGCCUGGACACAGGUAGCUUCAUGAAGAGUGGGAAAAGAAGGACCAGUAAAAAACCGCCCCGUGUACAAAGGGAGGUACGGCAGAGGCAUACGGCGAAUGCAAGAGAGCGGGACCGCACCAACAGUGUGAAUACUGCCUUUACAGCGCUCAGGACUCUGAUUCCAACGGAGCCUGCUGACAGAAAGCUGUCAAAGAUCGAAACAUUACGGCUAGCAUCCAGUUAUAUUUCUCACUUAGGAAAUGUGCUACUGGUGGGAGAAGCCUGUGGAGAUGGGCAGCCCUGCCAUACUACUACCUUCUACCACCACAGCAGUCCCGUUCGAGAGAGUGAGAACUCACAGCCCAAGCAGAUUUGCACCUUCUGCCUGAGCAAUCAGAGGAAACUGGGUAAAGACCGAGAUCGAAAAUCUGCAAUUCGGAAUUAAAUACAGUAAUGAAGUCCAAGAGACUGAUGUCUACAUGACGUACAAUUCCAAAAAAGCCUUAACUCUUCUAUGAAGUGGACAGAUUAAACUUAUUAAAAAUGAACUACAAGAAGUAAAUAAUUUGCAAAUUAACAAAAGAGAAUAAGAGACUUGGUUCUGGAAGAGAAUGUGAAAUGAGUGCCAUAGACAUCUUCUCUGGAGACACUGAGGACAAAAGGAGGAGAGAGUGAUGGAAUACAAAGCCUUAUUAACUAGAAAGGGGCUCACAUUUUAAAAUGUCAUCUUCCUUUUCAGCCACGUGGAACUCAUAAAUCGGAACAAAUGAGGAAGGAAACAAAAGUGUCGCUGGAAUUCAGACAUCCGAACACAGAGAGAGCGGUUACAAAUAGGAAGUGAACCUAUCAUCUGCUUUCACUCGUUGGUUGAAUAACCCUGUUAGGGAAGGAGUUGCUUGAUUAUGCAUGUACUCUACCAAAUGAGAAACUUGCAAUUUCUCAAACCUGUUUCUUUGGUUUGCUCAAAUGGAUACUGAUGGAUUACAGCAGACCAUUACAGUGACAGGCAAACACUGUGUGACGUCAAAACUUUUAACAAAACAAUUAAGGUACAACACAUGUGCAGCAUAAAUCAAACAGAAGGACCAAGGUUCGCUAAAUACUGCACAAGAGAGAAAUGCAAAACAAAACAGCAUCAUCCGUUGCAGUGCAGCUAUUGUUGACUGGUGAACAUUAGGAAUGUGGAGUGCAAACUGAACAGGUAUUGAAACUGAGUUACGAGAGAGAGAGAGAGAGAGCGAUCCUCAGAUAAUAUCUUUUCCCACCCCAGCUCUUAAGUUACGGUACCACACCUUCAAAAAGGCCCAGCGUUUUACCGAUGCACUAACAAAAGGUUUAACACUAUGGAUGCCUUACUACAACUAAACUGCCAUUAAAGGAGCAAUAGCAAACAAAAGAACCAACUGGUCUUUACGCCUUGCACUAAAUUAGAAAGGACUGGUGGAAAAUGAGUUUUUCAAUCUUAGGACUGUAAGAAAGGCAUAUAUGUACAAUUCUAAACUGAGCAGACAGUGAAAUGCCCUUCGAAUUAAUGCCAUCACUCUCCUACGUACCUUGCUAUACUGAUCCUAAGACUACAAUAUGCUACUAUUUUUGUAAUCAGUUACAUGCAGGACUUGAUCUUUAAGUCAUUGGUAUAUAUAUUAAUAUUAUAAUUAUUUUUAAGAUUUUAAAAAAAUCUCAUGGAAACUGUAAAAUGAAUCAAUAAAUGAAUUUCUCAAGACUGUA